AUUGGCGUGGAUCCCCCUUGCCUUGUCUUCUCCUCCGUAGUAGCUUCGUCCUCCGCGGUUCAGGCCAUGAACGGCAAGCAGCCCUCCCGCCAUGACCAUGGCAGAACUGCCUACCACUUCCAGCCUGCCAAGAACUGGAUGAACGAUCCAAAUGGGCCUUUCUACCACAACGGCAUAUACCAUUUCUUCUACCAGUACAACCCGCACGGCCCGACGUUUGGCACCGGCAAGCUCUCCUGGGGCCACUCCGUCUCCGGCGACCUCGUAAACUGGGCCUUCCUCGGCGCCGCGCUCGAGCCGACGUCGCCCUUCGACGCCGACGGCUGCUGGUCGGGCUCAGCGACCGUCCUCCCCGACGGCCGUCCGGUCAUCCUCUACACCGGGCGCGACACCGACACGGUCCAAGUGCAGAACGUGGCGUUCCCCAAGGACCCCACGGACCCGCUCCUCCGCGAGUGGCACAAGCCCAGCUGCAACCCGGUGAUCCCGCAGCCCGCGGACGUGACGGGCAACAACUUCCGCGAUCCCUCCACGGCGUGGCUCGGCGGCGACGGGCUGUGGAGGUUCAGCGUCGCCGCCGAGGUCGCCGGCGUCGGCUCCACGCUCGUCUACCGCAGCGCGGAUUUCCUUCGCUGGGAGCGGAACGCCACGCCGCUGCACGCCUCUCCGGACGUCCCGGCGCUCGAGUGCGCCGACUUUUUCCCGGUGGCGGAGCGCGGCACGGAGGGGCUCGACACGUCGGCGGCGAACGUCGCCGGGGUGAGGCACGUGCUCAAGCUGAGCAACAUGGCCGACGAGGACUACUACAUGGUCGGGUGGUACGACGACGCGGCGGACACGUUCGUGCCGGCGGAGGGGGAGCGCGGUAGCGACGUGAGGAAGUGGCGCCGGAUCGACCACGGGCACCUGUUCGGCGCCAAGUCCUUCUUCGACGCGAGCAAGAAACGGCGCGUGCUUUGGGCGUGGGUCGACGAGACGGACGGACACUCCGACGACGUCGCCAAGGGCUGGGCCGGAAUUCAGGCGUUCCCGAGAGCCCUCUGGCUGGACACCGACGGGAAGCAGCUGGUGCAGUGGCCGGUGGAAGAGAUCGAGACGCUGCGGAGGAGACGAGUCGCUCUGCUGGGCGCGGAGGUGGGCUCGGGCGGGCUCCAUGAGAUCGCCGGCAUUGAGACCCAGCAAGCGGACGUGGAGGCGAUCUUCGAGAUCCCGAAACUGGAGGCGGCCGAGAAGUUUGAUCCCAAGUGGCUGCAGGAUCCCGGGAAGUUGUGCUCAGAGAGCGGCGGCGUCGGGCCGUUCGGGCUGAUUGCCAUGGCGUCCGGCGACUUGCAGGAGCAGACUGCCAUCUUCUUCAGGGUGUUCAAGCACGAUGACAUGUACAAGGUCCUCAUGUGCAUGGAUCUGACAAGGUCAUCUACAAAAGAAGGGGUGUACAAGCCAGUUCAUGCAGGAUUUGUCGACGUGAACGUGGAGAAAGACAGGAGCUUAUCUCUAAGGACACUGAUCGAUCACUCUGUCAUUGAGAGUUUUGGAGGUGGGGGCCGGACGUGCAUCACGGCUCGAGUGUACCCAGAGCACGCCGCAACAGGCAGCAGCCACCUGUACCUGUUCAACAACGGAUCUGGCUCAGUGAAGGUGUCCAAGCUCGAGGCCUGGGAGCUUGGGACAGCGUCCGUCAAUCUUGAAGAUGUCAAUCUUCCAUUGGCUGUUCCUAUUCUUUCGAAUGUCUCCGAAUAGCAGCAAGCGCAAGCGCAACCAUCACGUUGAGUGGAGCAUGUUAGAAGUUGUGGUUCCAUUGCUUCUGCGUGCUGCAGAUUGGGGGCUCAUUUGGUGCUUUAUGUUUUGAAUAAUAAAACUUUUUUACAGCGUGUGAUAUUUUGUUCAGGUAAUUGUAGGGUUGUAGGUUGUUUCUUAGCAUAAGACUUGUCUAGUUUCUUAGCAUUUGGGAAUGUAAU